UCACCCUCCUAUCCGAUCCAGUAAAGUGAUGCUCGGCGCCUCCUCCUCGUUUCUCUGCGCGUUUCUCAGCAGUCAGUCGGACUCUCCGUCUCUCCAUCGGAUAUUUCCCCCUGUUUCUCAGACGCUGUUCUGCGACCCGAACCGCCGGAUUUGUCCCUCUUGAGCAUGAGAGGAACCGCUGACCCGAUCGCACACCAUGAGCUUCGGACCCGGAGCCUCAGCCGAACUUUAAAGCAGCGCGGAGCGUCAUAUUCCCGAUUCACGGGAGCAGCAGUUUCAGGUCUCCACAGAAUGGAGCGAGAAUGAGCAGAGAGCGGUCGAGAGAGAAGCAUGAACUGGAGGCUCAUUGAAGUCACUUACCUCCUGUUUAUAUGGGACCAUAUAACAGUCCAGUCUUCCCGUCAAGAGCCCUCGGCCAACGAACAGCAUGUCACCAAGCAGUUUGACUGGCUCAUCUCUGACCGUGGCCCUUUCCACCACUCGAAGGGGUACCUAUCCUUCAUGGAAAGAUUUCGCCAAGGAUUCACGACCCGGUAUAAGAUUUAUAGGGAGUUUGCACGCUGGAAGGUGAGGAACACAGCCAUCGAGAGGCGGGAUCUGAUCCGCAAUCCUCUGCCCUUGAUGCCGGAUUUCCAGCGCAGCAUGCGGAUGCUCGGACGACGACCGUCCACGCAACAGUUCAUCGACACCAUCAUCAAGAAGUAUGGAACGCACAUCUUGAUCUCGGCCACACUGGGAGGUGAGGAAGCUCUCACCAUGUACAUGGCCAAGAACAAGCUGGACCGGAAGAUGGUCAACGCCACCCAAGGAGUCGAGGCACUUCACCAGCUCGCCUCCUCGUACUUCAUCGACCGCGACGGCACCAUGCGCAAACUCCACGAGAUCCAGAUCUCCAGCAACUCCAUCAAGGUGACGGAGACUCGGACGGGUCCACUCGGCUGCAGCACGUAUGAUAACCUGGACUCGGUCAGUUCGGUUCUUCUUCAGAGUCCCGAGAGCAAACUUCAUCUGCAAGGUUUGCAGGUCAUUUUCCCCGAAUACCUGCAGGAGAAGUUCGUCCAGUCGGCUCUCAGCUACAUCAUGUGUAACGGGGAGGGGGAAUACAUCUGCCAGAACAGCCAGUGCAUCUGUGAAUGUGCCGACGAGUUCCCACAAUGCAACUGUCCCACGACGGACCUCCAGAUCAUGGAGAACACGCUCAUCGGCAUGGCGGAGACUUGGGAAGCGUCUUACAGCGACUUCGAGAACUCAGAUGAGUUCAAGUCUUUUCUGAAGCGGUUGCCGGCGACCCAUUUCCUCCCGGUGAGCAGUGUGCACCUGCUGUGGGGCAGCGACUGGGACCUCCAGAACCGCUAUCGGCUCCUGCAGAGUUCCCUAGAGGCCCAGAGAGUGAAGAUCCAGCGCACGGCCCGCAAACUCUUCGGUCUGAGCAUCCGCUGCCACCACAACCCCAACCACCAGACGCCCAGAGAGAGAUCGGUGCUUCAGUGGCUGAACCGCGUGCAGUCGUUCCUCUACUGCAACGAGAACGGCUUCUGGGGAGCGUUCCUGGAGAGCCAGCGCAUGUGUGUGUGCCACACGGGUGCCACCCUGUGCCAGCGACCCAUUCCCUGCGUGAUCGGCGGGAACAACAGCUGUGCCAUGUGCAGUCUAGCCAACAUCUCCCAGUGCGGAUCCUGCAACAAGGGCUACAAGCUGUACCGCGGCCGCUGCGAACCGCAGAACGUGGACUCGGAGCGAAGCGAGCAGUUCAUCAGCUUCGAAACGGACCUGGACUUCCAGGACCUGGAGCUCAAGUACCUGCUCCAGAAGAUGGACUCGCGUCUCCACAUCCACACCACAUUCAUCAGCAACGAGGUGCGCCUGGAGACCUUCUUCGACCCGCGCUGGCGCAAGAGAAUGUCGCUAACGCUCAAGAGCAACAAGAACCGAAUGGACUACCUGCAUAUGAUCGUAGGCCUGUCAAUGAAGAUCUGCCAGAUGCGAAACAGCAGCGUGGACCCGAUGUUCUUCGUGUACGUGAACCCGUUCAGCGGGAGCCACUCGGAGGGAUGGAGCAUGCCGUUCGGCGAACACGGAUACCCGCGCUGGGAGAAAGUGCGAAUCCAGAACUCCCAGUGCUUUAACUGGACCCUUCUGUUGGGAAACCGAUGGAAGACGUUUUUCGAGACGGUGCACAUUUAUCUCCGAAGCCGAGCCAAGGUGCCAACGGUCAUGCGUAACGACACCGGUCAAGGCCCGGUGGACUUAUCCGACCCCAACAAGCGUCAGAUAUACAUCAAGAUCUCAGAUAUACAGGUGUUCGGAUACAGCUUGAGAUUCAACGCGGAUCUGCUGAGGAGCGCCGUCCAGCAGGUCAACCAGUCGUACACGCAGGGAACCCAGUUCUACUCGUCCUCGUCCAUCAUGCUCCUGUUACUGGACAUCCGGGAGAGGAUUAAUCGUCUGGCUUCGCCGGUGGCUCCUGGGAAACCCCAACUGGACCUGUUCUCCUGUAUGCUGAAACAUCGACUCAAGCUCAACAACAGCGAGAUGAUCCGCGUCAAUCACGCCUUGGACAUGUACAACACCGAAAUCUUGAAACAAUCGGACCACCUGACUACCAAACUUUGCUGAGAAACAAGAAGAAGAAGAA